AUGCACACAAAUAAAAUCGAACAUCCAAAAGAAAAAUUAAUCCUUUUGGUUCAUUGGACUUUUUUAAGUAGAAAUUUUAAUAUUGUGAAGAACAACGAAGAUAAUCAAAUUAUGGAUGAAAUAAAAAGUGAAACUAAUUUAACAAAUGUUAAUAAUAAUCCACAUGCUUUGCUCAUACCCAAAUUUCAGAAAACUAUCGAUUUGAGAAAAAAUGAAACGAAUUCAAUCGAUAUUGAUUAUUUUGGAGAGAAUUUCAUCAUACAUACAAAACAAUUUUUUGAUAAUGAAAAUUUUUACAUUGAAUUCACGGAUGAAAAUAAUCAAUUACAUUUGCAAAUGCCAUUAAAUAAUUAUGUUAAUGAAAAUGAUGGGUAA